CGUGGUGCAAGAGAAUGCGGGAGGCGUCGUGGGAGAAAGUCUCGGCUCGAGCAAAACCUUCUCGUCAUGACUCCAUGCUGCUGUUAGCAAGUAGCUGGCGCAGCAGUCCAAUCUGACUGUUGAGUCAACAGCAGCAGGGCAGCGAGAGAGAGAGAGAGAGCGAGAGAGCGAGAGAGAGAGAGAGAGAGAGAGAGAGAUGCAAUGACACGGGCACCGGACCGCUCCUUCGAUGACUGGGAUUGACACCCGCUUCCCAAAGCUUUUCUUUUUCUUUUUUUUGUUGCGUGUUUGCUUAGACGUUUGGGUAAGCUCUUCGCUUAAUGCUCCCAGACUUGCGCGAGCGAGCGAGCGGGCUUGCUGCUGAUUUCGACCGAACUUGCUGCAAGCUACCGUUAGCUGGCUGGCUGCUAACCCCCCCCAGGCGUCCAAGUGGCCGCACAAAACAUGCGGAUCGGCGCGGCGGAGACCCCCGGGACCAGUCUAGUUUUGUUCCGCGGGACGCAAGUUUCGAGCGGCCGCUGACUGGACGCCACCAAAGCCUCUGUGGGAGGAGGAGAAAGCGCGACAAAUCUCCAGGACCAGAUUGCCCGUCCAACGUUUUGCCUCUCAGCCAGACGGCCAGGGACCAUGCUGACCAUCCUCGCUGCUGGCUCUGUGUUCUUUCCGGGCCUCUUCCUUCUGUCCAAGCAGUGCCUCAAGUCCAUCCCGGCGCUGCGAUGGAGCGAAGGCGACGCCGUCAUCGUGUCCGCCAGGCUGGUGUCGUCAGUUCAGGCGGUCAUGGCUUCUUCAGCCGGCUACAUGAUCGCUUCUUCCUGCGAUGACAUCAUCGAGGACCAGCACUGGCUGACCAGCACGUACAUCUUGUUUGCCGUUCCCUACUUCGUGUACGACAUCUACGCCAUGUUCAUGUGCUAUUGGUACAAGCUGAGGGUCAAAGGUCACGAGGAGGCCUCGGCCGCCCCCCAGCACAUGGCGUCGGCGCUGACCAGCUACCUGCGCCGCGAGUUCCUCAUGGUGCUGCACCACGUCGUCAUGGUUACCAUCUGCUUCCCCAUUUCUGUGUUUGUGCGCCAAGGAAAGGGAGAUUAUUUCCAGGGCAUCAUGUUCAUGGCCGAGCUCAGCACUCCGUCGGUCUGCUUAGGAAAAAUACUCAUCCAGUACAAACAGCAACACACUCUCCUGCACAAAGUGAAUGGGGCUCUUAUGCUGAUCACUUUUUUCAUCUGUCGAGUCCUCCUCUUCCCUUACCUCUACUACGUCUAUGGAAGGUACGCGUCCAUUCCGUUCCACUUGGUCCCCCUGUCGGUGCCCUGGCACUGUAACCUAGGGGCUGCCCUCCUCAUGGCCCCGCAGCUCUAUUGGUUCUCCCUGAUUUGCAGGGGCGCCCUGCGACUCUUCACGGGCUCCUCCCGCUCCCAGAGACUGCGCCCCGGCGCGGCCACGGCGGACGGCGGCGCGGCGGCGCCCCAGCCGGCCAACGGCUACAGAGCGCCCUCCGCAGAGCCCGACUUGGCCACCCACUGAGAGGAGUCAGGGGUGGGGUGGCGGGCGUGCCAGGAGGAGAGGCGAAUGUACCAAUGUCACGGGGGGGGGGGGGGGGGGGGGGGGGUAGAACAAGUAGCGACACAGCGAAGGCUAAAAACCUACAGAUGAUGUCCUCAAAUAGCGCUGGGGUCUUCGCAGGCAGCACGCAAUACCCUCUUCACCUGCCGAGAGUUUUGUUUGCUGACCUUCAAGGACUUCAGCUUCUCACUUUGCAGGAAUAACAAAAGAGUGUCGUCGCACUCUGACGAUGUCAUCGGGCACUGUGACGGACGGGAAGGAACACGCAAUGACGUGAGAGGAUUUAGCCUGGUUGUAUAGCAAGCAUAGGCGACCAUUUCCUUCAUGUAGUUCAAAUUGUGACCUCUCGGGAAGAGCAGGUCCAUAGGAAUGUAUUAUAUUGUAUGUUAGAACAUUUGCUGUAGACGGAAGGCCGAAUUCAAGUAUAGCAACUAAGAAGACAAAAAAAAAAAUCCCGGCUAAAUGAGUAUUUCGGCUUGUUAGUGUGUCUCUGUAUCCUCGAUGUAGUCACUGUCACUCUUAACAACAUUAAGAAGCAACCUGCAGACUGGGAGAUAAUCUCAUAAGACUGUAUUCUGCUGCCUUAUCCCCCUUUUCCACUAUUAGUUCGCUUUUGAUUUGAUUUUCAGCCUCAGAGGAGGCAGGACAAAUGUGACAGGUGUACAUAGCUCCGAGGUAAAGUCCUGAUUUCCAUGUCAGUAUGAGGACAGUGUUCCAUUUAAAAAAAAAAAAAAAAAAAAAAAAAGUUACAUUUUUAAUUUAACGUUGAUCGACGACACCUCACCUCAGUUCGUUUACACAAUCUACCCGGAAUCCCUCGCGCAGCUACGUGUAGAUACGACUUCAUUCCAUGUACUCGUAACACAAUGUUUGGGAGGUUAAUGCACACUUUUAAAGGAUGAAUGUUUUAGUUAGUUGACUAAAACGUAAUCUGUUCAAUUGGCCAAAAUAUCUCAGAGAUGGUAUUUUUUAAGCAUUGUUAAGGGCAUUAUUAUGAGACUUGCAAUGUUGCAGUUUUGAAGGGAAAACAGUAUUGUGGGAGACAUUCCCUCGUAAUUUAAACACAGCCUGUUUGCCAAAAGCAUAUAAGCCUGAUGUUGAAAAAAAAAACAUUUAUUGAGUUCAAUAUUUUUUUUGUUUUUUUUAAACCUUUUCCAUUGUGCAAAUUGCGCCACAGGUUCUAUGAACCUCUGUUGAACAGACUGGCUCGCUUUGUCACUUAUCACUUUUUAAAGCAGCCGCUGCACUCUCCUGGAAAUGGGUCAAGGCUGGGAAAAAAAAAUAAUAUAAAAAAAAAAAAAAAGAUAAAAAAAAAAAAAAAAAUGAAGACAGAAGCGUGUUCCAAAACAUCUGGACAACUAACCGGGCAUGUCGAAUACAGAGCAAUCAUUAACCCCCCAUCCCUAGCCUGACUUGAACAUACUGUAUAUUCCACCAAAUGCUUGUUAUUUAUUUGUAUUUAUUUAUUUUAUUAAUUUAUUUAGUUUGUGGUUCUGAAUGCAUAUUUAUGCAUCAAUAUUAUAUACUCUAUGCUUCUGAGCGUUAUGUGAAGGCUGUAAUGUUACUCAAACUUAUCCGAAAUAUACUUCUCUGUCCUGAU